AUGACCGACGACAACAUCGACCAGGGAGACGUAUUUGCGAUACCAGAUCUCUGGGCACCUUCGAGAUUUCUAAGAGAUGGUCCAGAAAGCCUGCUGUUCUCAGAUCUAAGACUUGUUGACAUCGACGAAGCUCUUCCAGAAAUAGUGGAACAGUUUCUCCUCCAAGAAGAAAAUGUAUUCUUCAGUAUUCCAGAUCUUCCGUUCGACCUCGCGAAGCCGGUCCCAACGCCCGGCCGCACGACCGAUGUCGUGAAAGAGUCGAUUUCGGCAGUUGAUUGUAAAGGCGACGAAGAUGCUGAUGUCUGGAUACUUCCAAAUGAAACUCCUAUAAAGAUUGUGAACCACCAGACCUGGGAAGGGUUUGAGAGGCAGAAAGAUGAGAUACUCUGUACGUCAUAUUUGGCGGAGGCUGGCCCAUCGGUUCUGGAUACCGUCAUUGCUUCGAGGGAAGACUCGUUACGUAUCAAGAAUACCGAGCAUCUCGUCGUGGACUCCAAGAUAUAUGCGUCAUCUCUCCUUGCCUUGGGCUUGGGGCGGAGUUCUGUCCUUUUCUCAUGGGACGAGAGAGGGCAGUCGUUUGUGCCCGCUCGUUCCUUCAUGAGGAUAAGUGGCUACGCAGGUGACUCUUUGGAGAGCCUUUCAAUCAUAUUCAUGGAAUGUGGAAAUAUCACAAGGUCGCUUCAGAAGUUUGUUGAAACGACCUAUGCAAGCGAGAAGUCUUCAGGUCGUAUUGCUCUAGCAGAUGGUGUUUCCACUCUGCUGGCAACGAUUCAGUCACGACUAAGUGCGUCAGCAGUGGGCUAUAGUAGUAUCUUGCAGCUGCAGGCUUUAUUUCGGCCAGCGCACUCGUUACUCACCUGCUUUAGACGCAUCGUCGUAAACACUUCAGCAACCAGAAGUGACGAGUCGAUGCUAUCUACAAUUUUCGAAGAGAUCCAACUUCUCGAGCACAGGACAGAUGCAUUGAGGGAGAUCUUGCUUGAGAUUCUUUCACGAGUGUCACAUCCUUGGCUUGCAUUUGCGAGUGAGUGGCUUGGUCUGCAAAGGGAGGCUGGUGUACCUCUCACUAAGGAUGGACCUGGUAAAAGCUUCGUAACGGUUGACACCAAAGAAUGGGUAGACGAUCAAGGUCUGGUGAUGAACGAGCCUGACUAUGUUCUCGACUAUGACAAAGUUCCAGCAUUCAUCGCCCCGGAAGACGCUCGAGCUAUGUUUGAAGUAGGAAAGAGUCUGCGAUUCUUGAGAUCAUAUCAUGCAGGGCAUCCGCUCGCCAGGUUAGAUGUGGUGGCAUCGGCGAAUCCGCCAAUCCUUGAAUGGAAAUUCUCCUGGCAGGAUAUUGUUCAUGUAGAGUCAAAAGCUUUGCGGUACGAGAGAGACUUGAUCCAGGCUCUACAGAAUUUCUCACAGGACGCAUCCUCUUCCGUUCGUCACCUGGCCGAUCCAGUCCCUUUUAGUCUCGAUUUCUUUGGGAAGCCAGAAGAGGACAUGCAAGCCCACGUCCUGGCUUCAAUACAUGCUCUCAAUCAGCCGUUCGCUUUUACCGAGCAGCAAGACCACCUUUCGUGCUGUCUGAAUACAUAUCUCACCUCUAGUCAAUCCGUAAUCGACAACGAUGACUCUGUUUUUGCUCCACCGAUCUCACUAGCACCGGUACUGUCAUUCAACCCGAUCAUCGCAGCUCAGGCUCGUCUCAUCAAUGGAACUUGCAUGCGAAUGUUCUUCCAGUCUCAUCAAAUCCGAGAGCAUCUUUCCAUUCAACGAAGCUUCCAGCUUCUAGGCAAUGGCGUAUUCUCAAGCAGGCUUUCACAUGCACUAUUUGAUCCGGAACUAGAAAGUGCUGAACGACAAAGAGGCGUUGCAAGGUCGGGAGGUAUGAUGGGUCUCCGACUUGGCGGUAGAGAUACCUGGCCUCCAGCAAGUUCCGAACUAAGGCUUGCUUUGAUGGGAGUUCUCACCGACAGCUAUACAUCCAGCCAACCACUGAAUAAAUCCCGUGCUGGCACUUAUCUGGACCAAAGUACGAUUCCGGGUGAUUUGAGCUUCUCAGUUCGCGAUAUGACAGCAGAAGAAAUUGACAAGUGCAUGAAUCCUGAUUCUGUCGAAGCUCUGGAUUUCCUUCGCCUUUCUUAUAAGCCACCGCAGCCACUUGAGGCUGUCAUUACACCUAUGAUUCUGUUCAAGUACGACCAGCUGUUCAAACUAUUGCUUCGUGUCGUUCGCAUGCUUUACGUCGUGUCAGCCCUCUUCAGGGAUACUACCAACCGUUCAUCCAACUGGCGAGGAGUUGAGCGCAUUGCUCAACGAUUCCGCAUCGAAGCUCACCAUUUCAUAUCAAGUAUAAGUGGCUAUUUUUUCGACACUGGAAUUGAAACAACAUGGCGGAUCUUCGACCGCAAAUUGGACCAGAUUGAAGAGAGGCUAAAGACGGACGGCGACUACAUCACUCUCGGCCAGAACGAAGGAUUAGACAAACUCAGAGAAUACCACGAGCGGGUUUUGGACAGAAUCAUGUUCUCACUUCUGCUACGCAAGCGGCAGCAGCCAGUCAUGAACCUGCUUGAAGAGAUCUUUGCACUUGUCUUGCAAUUCUCGAAACUCUCCCGAGAGCGAGAUCUGGUCAUUCAAGAAGAAAGUGCGAAUGACGACCUAAUGACGUUGUAUUUGAGGUUCCGGAAGAAGGUCGAGGUGUUCAUUAAUGUCUGUAGGGGGCUGAGUGAGAAGAAGGGAUACGGAGAAAGGAAGAUUGCUGAUAGCAGGACGACGGCACAAGAGGGGCUGUUUGAUGGUGAUGAUCUUGCAGAAGAGAAUACAAUUUUGCAACUUCUGACGAAGUUAGAGAUGUCGAAUUACUAUUCAAAAUCUGUAAACCUCUAG